UUUCCGGCUGAGGACAUGGCGGCGUCGAUGCUGUUGCUGAUGGCGACGAUGGCGGCAGCGGGUUGGGGGCGCGCGGCGGGUGACUGCAACAAGCCUCCAGCCUUGGAAAAUGGCAUGCUAGAGGAUAAAUAUAUUUCAACGUCUACGUUUGAUAGUGGAAUCACGGUGCGUUACCACUGUGUGCCAGGUUAUGUUAUGGCCUCAGGAAGCAGUUUUUCCAUUACUUGUAAUGGCACCGUAUGGGGACCAUUUCAGGCCAGGUGUCAGAUAAAGUCGUGUGGGAGUCCUGGGGAAAUUCUCAAUGGGAGAUACACGAGCACCGGCAAUACGUUUGGCAGUACCGUUACAUUUACUUGUGAUAGUGGAUACCGCAUGGUGGGGAGGGCCACUCGAAAUUGUGAGGUUGAAGGGUGGAGUGGCCAGGUCCCAACAUGUGAUGCUGUUAAGUGCUCUAAACUUCCAGAGAUUGAAAAUGGGAAGUCGCCACACAAACCAAGUGGGGAAGAUUUCUGGGGUUAUGGAAUGGUGGCUGAGUUUUCAUGCAAUGAUAGCUAUUCAUUGAUUGGUCCAAGCUCCAUCACUUGUGACUCUACUGGACAGUGGAGUGGAGCGGCUCCGGAGUGCAAAGAUGUAAAAUGUCCGUAUCCCAAGAUUCCUGCACAUGGCCGCAUGAUAGGAGGAUUUGCUGAUGUAUAUGUGUACGGUCAUGAAAUCACCUUCCGCUGUGACGAAGGUUAUGUGAUGAAGGGAAAGCGCGUCAUUAAAUGUAGCGAGAAUAAUGACUUUGUACCCCCACCGCCCACCUGCCAAUCAGAUAUUCAAUGCCCGAAGCCCAAGCUUUCUGAACAUCGCAACAUCACAGAAGGAUCUCAAUCUGUAUAUAGAAACGAUGAUGAAAUCACCUUCGCCUGCCAAGAUGGUUAUGUGAUGGAUGGAGAGAGUGUCAUUAAAUGUGGAGGGGACGGUAAAUUUGUUCCCUCACCGCCCACCUGCAAACGUGGUGCCGGGGCGAGCAGCGGAAAGAAUGUUUGUAAGUUUGGAAAGCCAGAUAAUUCACGCUGUUCUCUAUUUUUAUCGUCUAUGUUAAACAUGCACAAGGAUUGA